AUGGCCGACGAAAACGGCGCUGAGCCUAUCAAGCGCGAUGUCCGCAACCAUAUGCUCUUCGAGAUCGCCACCGAGGUGGCCAACCGUGUCGGUGGUAUCUACUCGGUGCUCAAGUCCAAAGCCCCCGUUACUACUGCAGAGUAUGGCGAGCGCUACACUCUGAUCGGUCCUUUGAACAAGGCCUCGGCCGCCGUCGAGGUCGAGGAGCUCACUCCGUCUAACCCGGCCAUGCGCGAGACCAUCAAGUCCAUGCAGGAGCGUGGAAUUGAGAUUCUCUACGGUCGCUGGUUGAUCGAGGGUGCUCCCCGCGUGCUACUCAUCAAUACUGGCACGGGUUAUCGUUGGCUCGAUGAGUGGAAGGGUGAUCUGUGGAAUACUUCCGGCAUCCCGUCCCCCUCUGCCGAUCAUGAGACCAAUGAAGCCAUUGUCUUUGGAUAUAUGGUCGCCUGGUUCUUGGGCGAGUACAUUGCCCACGAGCGCCGUCGCGCCGUGGUCGCCCAUUUCCAUGAAUGGCUGGCCGGUGUCGCUUUGCCCUUGACCAAGAAGCGACACAUGGAUCUGACCACCAUCUUCACCACCCACGCCACUCUAUUGGGUCGUUAUCUCUGCGCCGGCUCGGUGGAUUUCUACAAUAACCUCCAGUACUUUGACGUGGACGCCGAGGCCGGAAAGCGCGGUAUCUACCACCGGUACUGCAUCGAGCGCGCGGCCGCCCACAGCGCCGAUGUCUUCACCACUGUCUCGCACAUCACCGCCUUUGAGAGUGAGCAUCUGCUGAAGCGCAAGCCCGACGGUGUCCUGCCCAAUGGUCUCAAUGUCAAGAAGUUCUCCGCCAUGCACGAGUUCCAGAACCUGCACUCGCAGGCCAAGGAGAAGAUCAAUGACUUUGUUCGUGGUCAUUUCUAUGGUCACAAUGACUUUGACUUGGACAACACCCUCUAUCUCUUUACCGCUGGUCGGUAUGAGUUCCGUAAUAAGGGUGUCGACAUGUUCAUUGAGGGACUGGCCCGACUUAACCACCGUCUCAAGGCGAGCGGGUCGACUACCACCGUGGUGGCAUUUAUCAUCAUGCCCGCGCAGACUUCCUCUCUCACGGUAGAGUCCUUGAAGGGCCAGGCAGUCGUCAAAUCCCUGCGGGAUACGAUCGAGAACAUUGAGAAGGGCAUUGGAAAGCGCAUGUACGAGCGCUGUCUCGAGUGGAAGGAAGGUGAUAACAUGCCGGACGAAAAGGAUCUCAUCACCAGCCAAGACCGGGUCCUCCUGCGCCGCCGUCUCUUCGCUAUGAAGCGACACGGUCUUCCUCCCAUCGUCACCCACAACAUGGUCAACGACAAUGAGGACCCAAUCCUGAACCAAUUGCGUCGCGUUGAACUCUUCAACAACUCGUCCGAUCGCGUGAAAAUCGUCUUCCACCCCGAAUUCCUCAACUCGUCCAACCCCGUGCUCCCCCUGGACUAUGACGAUUUCGUCCGCGGCACUCACUUGGGAGUGUUCCCGUCCUACUAUGAGCCCUGGGGUUAUACCCCGGCCGAGUGCACGGUAAUGGGUGUGCCCAGUAUCACUACCAAUCUGUCCGGAUUUGGUUGCUACAUGGAGGAGCUGAUUGAGAAUUCGUCCGACUACGGCAUUUAUAUUAUGGAUCGUCGUGCUAAGGGUGUGGAUGAUUCGGUGAACCAGUUGACUGAUUUCAUGUAUAACUUUACUCUGAAGAGUCGCCGUCAGCGGAUUAACCAGCGUAACCGGACAGAGCGGUUGAGUGAUCUGUUGGACUGGAAGCGGAUGGGCUUGGAAUAUGUCAAGGCUCGUCAGCUUGCUCUGCGGAGAGCUUAUCCUUCUUCGUUCGAUGGCGCCGAGGACUACUUCGACAUCAUCGGUGGCACUGACCAGAAGGUCUCUCGCCCGUUGUCCGUUCCAGGUUCCCCGCGGGAUCGCUCUGGUAUGAUGACUCCGGGUGACUUUGCGUCGCUGCAGGAAGGUCGUGAGGGAUUGAGCACGGAAGAUUACAUUGCGUGGAAGCUUCCUGAGGAGGAAGAACCCGAUGACCACUUCUAUCCGCUCACGCUCCGAACUCGCAAGACCAACGAGCACCCCCAGUCCCCCUUGGACAGUAUCUCCAUUAAUGGAGGUCGUGCUCCCGAGGGCAGUCCGAAGCAAGCCUAA